AUGCGGCUGUUUACCAAAAUUGUGUACAUAAUUCUCUCGGGGACAGGAUUGGUACUGCUCACGGUUAAGCUUCUGCAGACCACAGAUACCCUGCAGCCACCGGAACGGCUGUGGAGUGGGAUCAACGCCUUCCAGUUGCACUGCGCUUGGUUCAUCUUUCGCUACAACAGGGAGCGCGGGAUGUCGACCGAGGUCAUUUCGCUGCUCUUCAUCAACGUGGCCAUGAUGCUGUUGACGCUGGUCACAACAACCUUCAAGAUGGUCAACUUGCGAACCCAGAAGCGCCUGGCCGCCUCGGUCAUCGGCUGCGGCAAGAACAAGAUCUGGCUCGACCCCAACGAGGUCUCCGAGAUCUCCAACGCCAACUCUCGCCAGACCAUCCGCAAGCUCGUCAAGGAUGGCUUGAUCAUCCAGAAGCCCGUCACCAUGCACUCGAGAUCCCGUGCCCGUGAGCUCAACCUCGCCCGCCGCGACGGUCGCCACCGUGGCUUCGGUAAGCGCAAGGGUACUGCCGACGCUCGUAUGCCCCAGCAGGUCCUCUGGAUGCGCCGCCUCCGUGUCCUCCGCCGCCUCCUCGUCAAGUACCGUGCCAGCGGCAAGAUCGACAAGCACCUGUACCACGAGCUCUACCACUCCAGCAAGGGUAACACCUUCAAGCACAAGCGCGCAUUGGUCGAGCACAUCCACCGUGCCAAGGCCGAGAAGGCUCGUGAGACCGCCCUGAAGGAGGAGAUGGACGCCAAGCGCGCCAAGACCAAGGCUGCCCGUGAGCGCAAGCUGGAGAGAGUCAACGCCAAGCGCAAUGCUAUGCUGGGUGAGGACGAGGAGAAAUAA